GCCAACUAUUAACAGUAGCAUUUCAGACAACCUAAGAAUCAGUUAAGAGUUUUUAAAAAAAUUUAAAUAAAUUUUUAAAAUGAAAUCUUUAUUAAUAUUUGUUCUCUGCGUUACCGUUGCCUAUGCUAGACCACAACGUUUUCCCAUUCAACAAUUUCCAAAUCAAGGAUUUAUUGGCGGUGGCAACAAUCCAUUCUUGCCAAACAAUAACAACAACAACAAUGUCUUCUUCCCAGGCAACACUAACAGCAACAAUAACAACGUGAAUAAUGGUAAUAUUGUGACAACAACAGCUGCUCCAGCUGGUACUGUAACUACAGCAUCACCACAAUUUUUAUCCUGCCUGCAGUCGUGUCCUUCCACCAUGGAAUAUAAUCCCGUGUGUGGUACAGAUAUGGAAAAUUAUCAUAAUAAUGGACGUUUGGGUUGUGCCCAAAGAUGUGGUAAAAACGUAGCUGCUUUGCGUAUUGGUACUUGCAAUCCUUUGUAAGAUUUUAAUUUUAAUAUGUACUUUUUUUUAAAUAAAAUACUGACUGUUGAUUAUCUCACUAUUUAUUAAGUAAUUAGAUAAAAUGACUAAGGAUAUUCACAGUCUAUAAACAAAAUUAUUGUUUCUUUUUUAAUUUGUCUUGUUUUGAGUUGUUUUAAAUUCAUUGUUUUAAAUAUUCUUUUAAUUUACAUACAUUUUUAAUUUUGUCUUAAAUACCUAAGUAGUCUUUUUAGUGAUAAGAUUGUUCUGAAUAAAAUUUCCCCAUUAUUUAAAAUAAACAGGUUAUACAAGUCAA